AUGUACCCUUCACUCACCCGCGAGGAGGUCGAUCAGAGGCGCCGGACAUUCGGGAACGUGAAGUGGACAGAGGCCGCCCUGCAGCUGGUGGAGCGCUUCUCGCCUUUGGUGGAGGUUGGCGCUGGCGAAGGGCAAUGGCAGUCUGAACUCCGCCGGCGAGGAGCAGAUGUCACAGCCUUCGACGACCACUCGAGCCCGAGUCGCUUCGGGGAGAAAGCCACGAGCUCACGGCUCGCCGUCAGUGGUGCACAUGUGCAGCAGGCAGAUGCGCAGGAGGCCCUGCGUCGGAGUCGCGGCCGGACGCUGCUGCUGGUCUAUCCGCCACCCGGGCCUAUGGCAAUGAGGUGUCUAGCCAGCUACACUGGAGAUGUUCUACUCUACGUAGGGGAAGGACGUGGUGGAGUGAAUGCUGACGGUGCUUUCUUCGAUGCACUCAGCGUGGGGUGGACGCUUGAGGACUUUUCCCUGGGGCCUUAG